AUGAAAAGAGGAGUUGGCUAUUCUAGGGUUCUCAACAGAAAUCGUGAUAGGGAUCGAAUUGAAAAGGUUUCUGGAAGAAUUCUGGAAGAGAAGCUAGAUUCAUUGGCAAAUGUUUGCAAUGAUUUGCAAGAAUCCUUAAAAACUUUCAUAAAGAAACACAAGAAAAACAUUAACCAAGACCCAGAGUUUAGGCUCAAGUUUUUGGAAAUGUGUAGCCUUCUGGAUGUAGAUCCUCUGUGUAGUAAUAAUGGUUAUUGGAGUAAAAUAUUAGGACUUUCAUCCUUCUAUACAGAGCUUCUGAUGAAGAUCUUGGAGAUUUCCAUCAACACAAGAUUUGUAAAUGGAGGGUUAUGUAGAAUCAACACUAUUCUCUCUAUUCUUUCUGUAAAAUACAAUAUAAAUACACAAGAUAUAAAGCGUGCAGUUGAAAUGUCAAAAAUAUUUGGAGAGUCUUCUGCGAGAAUUCUCUCUAUAGGUGGCGAGACAUUUGUCGUUACUUCAUCCAUUAACAUGAACACAGACCAUAUAAAGGUACUAGAUUUUGCUUCAAAAGUGAAAAGGGGAAUUUCAAUUCAAGAUGUAUCCAGUGAACUAAAUUGGACCAGAGAAAGAUCGUUUACUAUUUUAAAUUUCUUCAUCCAACAACAAGUAGCGUGGAUCGAUUUAAACAUGCAGAACGAGGUGGAUAGUUGUAUUAUCUUAUCCAAUGCAAACACGUUGUACUGGUUUCCCAGUUUUUUGGAAAUUUGA